UUAGCAUUUUUAUAAUUUCAAUUUAAUUUUUUAUUGAAUUUUUGUAUUUAUAUUAUUUUGGAAAAAAAAUAAUUUUUUUUAUCUUCCCGCAAACGCCCGCAACCGCAAACGCUAGCUGGAACCAGCUUUUGAAUUUAUGUGGUUCAAAGCGAUUUGGAACGAUUUGGAGCGGUUUAGAGCGGUUUGAGCGAUUGUUGCAAAACACCAGCAACCGCUACCAACCGCAAAAGCUGCGUUUGCGGGUGGUAGCGGGAAAACCAGUCAUACCCUAAAUAAUGUAACGAUUUCAUUAAUGCUGAGGAUAAAAGAAGAUAAGAAUAAAGAGUGUUAUUACUGUCCAUCAGACAAACUCAUUAAUAAUAGUGUAAUCACUGAUUAGUCAUUAAUUAUUCUAACUACCUUAAAUAAACGAAAAAGCAUGUCCCUCUCACCAACUCAGCUCGGCUCAGCUUAAAGCUCGAUCACUCUACUCAUGACCCGACCGUCGAGUUAAGUCAGAGAGAUGCGUUUUACGUUCCGAUCAACUUCGAUCCUGACCGUCCAUUUCAAAAAGUACUCAUCAUCCUCUGCCUCGAAGUUAUCUGCUAGACAUGAUCAUGGGCUCAUGAUCAAAAGAGGAGAUUACAAUUCUCUAUUCCUUCAAAACAAGCUCUUGCAAGUCUACACGAAAGGCAGAGACUUUGACGAUGCAGACAAGCUGUUCGACGAAAUGGCUGUUAGAAACAUCGUUACUUGGAACAUAAUGAUUCACGGGGCUAUACACCGAGACGGUGACACCAAGGAGAAAGCUCGUAUGGGUUUCUGUUAUUUGAGACGGGCUCUUCUCAGUGAAGUGGGGUUGGAUCAUGUGUCUUUCAUUGGUCUGAUACGGUUGUGUAGCGAUUCAACCAAUGUAGAAGCUGGUAUUCAGUUACACAGUUUGGUAAUGAAACAAGGUCUUGGUUCAGAUUGUUUUGUAAGUACUACUCUCGUUGGUUUCUAUGGGAAAUGUGGUUACAUUGGUGAAGCUAGACGAGUCUUUGAGGCGGUUUUGGGUAAAGAUUUAGUGUUAUGGAACGCUUUGGUCUCGUCGUAUGUCCUUAACGGUAUGGUCGAUGAAGCUUUCGGUUUACUCAGGGUAAUGGGAUCCUCCCAAGGUGAUCAUUUCACUUUCUCGAGUCUUCUCAGUGUAUGCAGGGUCCAACAAGGGAAGCAGAUACACGCCGUUGUCUUGAAACUAUCGUUUCAGUUGGACAUUCCAGUGGCGACUGCGUUGGUGGACAUGUAUGCUAAGAGUAACCAUAUGAGAGACGCCCGGGAGUGUUUUGAAUCGAUGGUUGUCAGAAAUGUAGUGUCUUGGAACGCGAUGAUUGUGGGUUAUGGAAAAAACGGAGAAGGAAGAGAAGCUAUGAGGCUUCUUGGUGAGAUGAGAAGCGAGAAUCAUCUCCAGCCUGAUGAGCUUACCUUUGCGAGUGUUUUAAGCUCUUGCGCGAAGCUGUCAGCAGUUCAGGAGGUUAAGCAAGUGCAAGCCGUUGUUACUAAACAAGGCUAUGAUUGUUUUCUGUCUGUGGCUAAUUCUCUGGUAACUGCUUACUCCAAGAGUGGAAGUUUAUCCGAAGCACUUGUAUGUUUUCACUCUAUCAAGGCACCAGAUCUUGUUUCAUGGACUUCAGUGAUCGGAGCUUUAGCUUUUCACGGAUUCGCGGAAGAAAGCUUGAGAAUGUUUGAAACUAUGCUGCAGACACUUCAUCCAGACAAGAUCACUUUCUUAGAGGUUAUGUCUGCUUGUAGCCAUGGAGGAUUAGUUCAAGAAGGGAUUCGUUGCUUCAAACUAAUGACUGAGGUUUACAAGAUGGAACCAGAGGAAGAACACUACACCUGUCUGAUAGAUCUUCUUGGUCGAGCUGGUUUCAUCGACGAGGCCUUGGAUGUUUUAAUGUCAAUGCCUAUAGAAUCACGCACAGAUGCUUUGGCAGCUUUCACAGGAGCAUGUAACAUCCACGAGAAGAGAGAAUCUAUGAAAUGGGGUGCGAAGAAGCUCCUUGAAAUGGAACCUUGCAAACCUGUGAACUACUCUCUCUUGUCAAAGGCUUACGUCUCUGAAGGCCACUGGAACCAAGCGGCUACAGUGCGUGUAACAGAGAGGAGAAACUGCAAUAAUCCCAAAACUCCAGGUUGCAGUUGGCUUGGGGACUCAUGAACACAAAGAUAUAUAAAAAGCACAUGGAAGUUCAAGAACACGCCAAAAGCCUCUCACCAACAGAACACAAAUGAUGCAACUGGACAACAACUCCAGUGGUCUUUUCCUAUCACUAUGCGUAUACAAACAUACAAGAUUACAGACACAAGGGUUGGCAGCGGGGUCCAAAUGCCAUAUCAAAAGAAUCUAAGUGAGACAAAACCUGAAUAUUUACUAAUCAGCAUGUCUUUCUUCUGUUCUAACACUUCUUUGGUUGGUACUUCGUAUACAGAUAUAGGAGAAGCCGAAAAGGUACAUCAAGAAUUUAGUAAAGAGAUUCUUUAUCUUUAUGUUUUUUUCUAAUUUCUUGGUAGCGAGUCUUGCCUUGUUAGCUCGUAGUUGUCAGCUCCCUGGAGGGUUUGGUUCUCGUUAUUUACAAUUGCAAUCUUCGAACAAAGGAAGAAGAAGGAAGAUGUGUAGAUUGUGAAAUGCCAAAUACUGCACAUAAUAUGUGGAUAUUCAGAAAGUGAUACCAAUAGAUAUUACUUUAUUUGAACA